CGAAGCAGAUCACCCUACAGCCAACAUGGGUCGCGGUCCUAAGAAGCACAUGUCCCGUCUGGCAGCGCCCAAGGCGUGGAUGCUCGACAAGCUCGGUGGCGCCUACGCCCCGAAGCCUUCGCCUGGCCCGCACAAGCAGCGCGAGUGCCUGCCGCUCUCGAUCUUCAUCCGCAACCGCCUCAAGUACGCCCUCACCGGCCGCGAGGUCACGCUCGUCGUCAAGCAGCGCCUGAUCAAGAUCGACAACAAGGUCCGCACCGACGAGACCUACCCGGCCGGCUUCCAGGACGUUAUCUCGAUCGAGAAGUCCGGCGAGCACUUCCGCCUCCUGUACGACGUCAAGGGCCGGUUUGCGAUCCACCGCAUCUCGGAGGAGGAGGCGACGUACAAGCUCCUCAAGGUGCGCAAGGUGCAGCUCGGCGCCAAGGGCGUCCCCUUCAUCGUCACGCACGACGGCCGCACGAUCCGGUACCCGGACCCCGUCAUCAAGGUCAACGACGUGGUCAAGUUUGACCUCGUCGAGAACAAGAUUGUCGACCACGUCAAGUUUGAGCAGGGCAACCUCGUCAUGCUCACCGGCGGUCGCAACCAGGGCCGUGUCGGCACCAUUGUCCACCGCGAGCGCCACCUCGGCGGCUACGACAUCGUCACCGUCCGCGACACGCUCGACCGCGAGUUCGCCACCCGUCUCUCGAACGUCUUCGUCAUCGGCGCUGGGAACAAGCCGAUGGUCUCGCUCCCCAAGGGCAAGGGCGUCAAGCUCUCGAUCGCCGAGGAGCGUGACAGCCGCCGCCGUCAAGCCGAGAAGCAGCGCUCGUAGAGGCUGUUCGGGCUCGCCUGUUGGUCUGCAGAGGCUGUGGAACACGUUCUGUUUCCUCUCG